AUGUCAGAUGAUGUUAUAGAAAUAAAAGGCAUCAUUCCCUGUGAUUGUGAUCCUAACCCUUGCCAGAACGGCGGAAAUUGUUCACUGGAUGGAGAUACCUAUACCUGUGCCUGUGCCACUGGCUACAAUGGCACAAACUGCACAAUAAAUGUCGAUGAUUGUUAUUCUAAUCCUUGCGAAAACAGAGGAAAUUGUACUGACGCAGUAUAUGACUAUAAUUGUACCUGUAUGGUUGGAUACAAAGGCAAGAACUGUUCAGAAAAUAUCGAUGAUUGUUAUCAUAAUCCUUGCGAAAACGAGGGAAAUUGUACAGAUACAGUAAAUGACUAUAAUUGUACCUGCAUGGCCGGCUACUAUGGGAAGAACUGUUCGCAAAAUGUCGAUGAUUGUUAUUCUAAUCCUUGCGAAAACAGAGGAAAUUGUACUGACGCAGUAUAUGACUAUAAUUGUACCUGUAUGGUUGGAUACAAAGGCAAGAACUGUUCAGAAAAUAUCGAUGAUUGUUAUCAUAAUCCUUGCGAAAACGAGGGAAAUUGUACAGAUACAGUAAAUGACUAUAAUUGUACCUGCAUGGCCGGCUACUAUGGGAAGAACUGUUCGCAAAGUUAUUGUGAUCAUAAACCUUGCCGGAAUGGCGGGACUUGUUUACCAAAGGAUGAUACCUAUACCUGUGCCUGUGCCGCUGGCUACAAUGGUACAAACUGCACAAUGAACAUCGAUGAUUGUUAUCCUAAUCCUUGCAAAAACGAUGGAAACUGCACUGAUGCAACAAAUGACUAUAACUGUACCUGUAUGGCUGGCUACGAUGGCAAGAACUGUUCAGAAAAUAUCGAUGAUUGUUCUCAUAAUCCUUGCAAAAACGAUGGAAAUUGUACUGAUGCAGUAAAUGACUAUAAUUGUACCUGUAUGACUGGCUACUAUGGGAAAAACUGUUCGCAAAGUUAUUGUGAUCAUAACCCUUGCCAGAACGGCGGAACCUGUUUACUGGAGGAAGAUACCUAUACCUGUGCCUGUGCCGCUGGCUACAAUGGUACAAACUGCACAAUGAACAUGGAUGAUUGUUAUCCUAAUCCUUGCGAAAACAGAGGAAACUGCACUGAUGCAAUAAAUGACUAUAACUGCACCUGUAUGGCUGGCUACGAUGGCAAGAACUGUUCAGAAAAUAUCAACUAUUGUGAUCCCGAACCUUGUGAAAAUAAUGCAACUUGCACUGUUGAAGUGAAUGGCUAUACUUGUACGUGUAUGCCCGACUACGAUGGCAAGAACUGUUCCCAAAAGAUCGAUGACUGUAACCCCGAUCCUUGCGAAAACGGUGCCACCUGUACUGAUAAUGUAAACGACUUUACUUGUACCUGUGUGGCUGGCUACGAUGGCAAGAACUGUUCUCAAAAUAUCGAUGACUGUGACCCUAAUCCUUGCGAAAACGGAGCAACUUGUAUCGAUGGAGUAAAUGACUAUAAUUGUACUUGUGUCGCUGGCUACGAUGGCAAGAACUGUACCCAAGGUUUUGUAGAUGACUGUGCUUCUGGUCCGUGCAAAAACGGUGCAAACUGUUCUGAUGCAUUUAAUGACUAUAUCUGUACCUGUGUCGCUGGCUACGGCGGGAAGGACUGCGACCAGAAUAUCGAUGACUGUGACCCUAAUCCAUGCGAAAACGGAGGAACCUGUACAGAUGAAAUAAAUGAUUACAACUGUACCUGUGUGCCUGGUUACAAUGGAAAAGACUGCGAAAACAAUGUGAAUGAAUGCGCCCCCAGCCCUUGCCAAAACAACGGGACCUGUACAGAUCUUAUAAAUGACUAUACCUGUAACUGUACAGUCGGAUUUAUUGGGAAAAACUGCGACAUCGUUGAUCCUUGCUAUAAUACCAAUCCAUGUGAAAACGACGGGCAGUGUUUUGUGGAUGAUAACCACCAGUUCUUCUGUGUCUGUCCAAUUCCUAAAGCCUACGAAGGAAGAAAUUGCAGUAAACCAGUUGACUGUUUCUGGAAUAAAAUGUAUCCUUACGGAAAAGAACAGAACGACACGGAGAUGGAUGUGAGAUUGAUCCGCGAAGAGCUGUGUACGGAAAUAAUUUACGACUAUGGUAUCUGGUUCUUUGACGACAAACAUUACGUCCUGUAUAUUUGUGCCAAUGGAAUGAUUCGCUUUGAUGUAGGCUACGCGAGGCACUUCCCAGUUCCAACCUUUGACACCGAAGAAUUCCCGUUCAGAGUCCCAAUGUUGUUCCCCUUCUGGUCAAAAAUUGACCUCUUCGAUUCAUUUUGUUCGAUAAAGGAUGGGUGCAAAUUGAGGCAGUGUCUAGCUCAAGAACACAACACAGUGACUUCAGUUGGAAAGAGUUGUGGUUCCAAAGUCUCGAUGCGCAGACCAACACGCUGCCGUGGUGUAUAUAUGUCGAGCGUCUAA